AUAUGUACGCCAGUCGGCGCACAAAUAAACCCGUGACGGCCCCAUGUCAUACACUGUUUGCGACUGUGUGCCAGUACCCAGGCUACUCUACCUGCUCCAGAGAAUUAAGCGUUCGUUCGAGCCGGAAGGAAGUACAGGCCGGGAGACACAACGAAUUGGGGAGUGAGAGCAGUAGGAUACUUUGCAGCCGAUGUGAUGAUCCGAGAGGUUACGCUAAAUCGAACAAUGUCACUUUAUCCCUAACCGCAACCAAUCAAGCCCGAACGAUUGUUAUGCACGGAGAACCUUUGUAUUUAGGGAUAACUCUGGCUGUAUAUCCCUGGCAAAUACUACCAACGAUUGAAGACCCGAGUUGCCGAGUGCGGCACACCCAUCGAGACACGAGUGCAUCCUUAUGGAAUGCCCUCUGCACUGCGACGUCCUACGAGACAAAGACGGGAUUCUGGACCUUGCCGACCUCCUGGGGAAGGAAAAGGGAACCAAGCGAGUGGCAGAAUUCUUAAAUGAGAGCGGAGCAUAUGAAAAGAAAAACGCUAACUUAGGAGGCAACGGAGGAAAAAAAACCCGCUUGUGAAGCGGAACCCCUCCCAUUUUCAGCACUGGUAACACAAUAUCUGAACAUAUGUGAGUGACGACUCACAAGGGAAUAUGGUUUGGGUUUCAUUCGGACGAAGGAGGACGAGCGUUCCCGGACUUAUCUAUUAUAACUGGG